AUGAGACACCAAGAGGAAAAACGAGAGAGAAGCAACUCCACCGUAUCGCCCGUGUUCUCUAAUGGAAAAGGGUACACACAUCUCCACUCACUGCAAGAGACUUCGAUGAACUUGAGACCAUUGACUGGAACAGAAGGGAUUCGACCAUCGGCGUCCCCAUUACAGAGUACCCAGAAACACACGGUAAGGAGUCAAAGCAAUAGUAAUAAAAAAAAUAAAAAAACUGAGAUGUUAAAGUCAUUCUUUUCUCCUUUAUCGCAAGAGAGAUUGAUGGGGUUUAACUACAUGGAACUUCACCCACAGUUACGGUUCAUCGCUGCACCUACAAAGUUAGUCCCAUUUCAGCAGUUUUCUAUUGUUUUAGAAAUUACAGAUGUGUUGGGGGGCACAUUGAGUGCAUUACGAUUGAUUGAAGGGAUACGGUCACGGCAACAGGAAAAGUACACUAUUUUACCAGAGGAACUUCGUGAUGGUUUUCCACUUCCACCCGUUGAUUUGGUAUUGACAACAGAGUUAUGUAAUUACGGUAUGCAGAGUGAUGAAUACCUAAUGGAUACGAAUCUCAAUAACAGAGAUAGUCAUUUUGAAACGGUUCCUUUGAUUAUUAAGUGUCCAUCACCGUUUUCCAAUAUGCGGUAUAGUGAUGGUGGUUCUCUCUCUAGCGCUAUAACAGCCCACACCUUGGCACCACCCUUAAGUACAAUCUCAGGGAUUCUUUCAGAUCCUCAUAUGGAUGGACUCGCCAUUUCACGUAUUUCUAAUAGUAUUAACAUGCAAACAGAAUGGGAUGCAUUCGCAUUAUCUGAACCGUGUAUUGCGGCGUACCCACCACAAUCCACACAAUGCGGUGUGCAGUUCCGUGUUUGUUGUCAAACCCGUACUGUAGUUGCACUCCUUUACACUUCAUCUCGUUAUGGUGGUUCCUUCCCUAUAGAGAACAGUAGCAGCAGUAGUAGUAGUAGUAAUGGUUCUAGUAGUACUAUUAGUAGUAGUAAUGAUAGUGAUGAUGAUGAUGAUAAUAAUAAUAACUAUAACGAUGACAGGAAUACCCCAAGUUUAGUUUUCCCGUACGCUCUUCAUAUUGAUCCUGAUCCUGAUAGUGAAUUCAUCACUGUUCGACUUCGCGAGUGUGGUCGCACUAUCGCUAGACGCCUCGCCCAACCCGGUGAUAUUUUUGCAUUACGUCUACUUCCCGAUGGUCGAUGUUUAUAUUUACAUAACGGACAUGUGUGUUAUCGUUCCUCUUUUCGAAGUGAUGAAGCGACGGUAUAUCGUGUAUUACUGCGGGUUGCAUAUCAGGAAACGAUUCCCGCCGUAGAUGCUUUUGUACUUUUGCCGUCUGUUGCCGGACUGCCCCGACUGGAAGUGAGUUCAUUGUUGUGUAAACCACCUUGGCCAAAGGAAUUAUCAUGUAUAGAAAGAGGAUCAGGCUGUACAUGCUUAACAGCAACGAAAAGGGAAAUAAUAACUGAGGCGCAAGAGGAAGAAGAGGUUAUUUUACGUGCGUGGCUGCGUGGAUAUCCUGUUGGUACUGCACUACAUACUAUUAUAGAUACUACUAGUACAGUUUCUGGUAAUGUGUCUUUUCCAACGUGGGCAAUUGCGGCAUUUUCACUUCUCUCAUCUUUUGCACUUGGAGCUGUUGGUUGUUGUAAUGAUGAUGAUAUUACAGCAAAGUUGCGGGAAUUCCACCGCCGUGCCCCAAUAUUCUUACAGCAACAGAAUUUCCCAAAGUAUCCCCUUAUAUAUGGUAAGUAA